ACAAUAGUACACUACGGUAGUAGUAUAGUACACGAUUUUGAGUCCCUUUGUUUUAAGGUAAAAAUCGGAAAUUCUGACCGAAAUCAACAGUGAAAGUUUCCAUCGAGAUGAUUAAAGCAAUUUUAGUUUUCAACAACCAUGGGAAACCAAGACUGUCGAAAUUCUACACCCAUUUUAAUGAAGAUAUGCAGCAACAGAUCAUCAGAGAGACAUUCCAUUUGGUUUCCAAAAGGGAUGACAAUGUGUGCAAUUUCUUAGAAGGGGGAACAUUGAUUGGCGGUUCUGAUUUUAAGCUUGUUUAUAGACACUAUGCUACUCUGUACUUUGUCUUUUGUGUGGAUUCGUCAGAGAGUGAACUAGGCAUUUUAGAUUUAAUACAGGUUUUUGUUGAAACACUUGACAAGUGUUUUGAGAAUGUCUGCGAGUUGGACCUCAUAUUCCAUGUAGAUAAGGUGCACAAUAUCUUGUCAGAGCUUGUGAUGGGCGGCAUGGUUCUGGAAACCAACAUGACAGAAAUCAUGACGAGGAUAGAAGAACAGAAUAAACUUGAGAAACAAGAGGCCGGUCUCUCCGCAGCGCCAGCCAGGGCAGCAGCAGCCGUCAAGAACAUGAACCUCCCCACCAUCCCCACCCCAAACAUCAACCUGCCCAACUUGCCGUCUUUCAAGUAGUCACAGUCAAACAAAAGCAGACACGAGGUUAGGAACGAUGCUGCAGCAAUCAUUAGUGUAUGUAGAGCGUCUAAAGAUCUUUCUGUAGCCCCAGUUAUAGCAUGGCUCUUCCCUUUGUUUAUCUGCCAGAAUGACUGUCACAUUCCAAUGAUUUAGAAAAGAGAGAACUUUGUCAAUACAUGUAUGCGAUGGAUAUGAACACACUUUACAUGAGGCCAAAAAUAAUAAAAUUGUGUUUCUGGAAAUAUUUUUAAAAAAAAAGGGGGGGUCAGUGGGUAGUUUUUUUUUUUUACUGUUUUGGUACAUAUGUAUAAAUAUGUACACAGUGCAUAGUUAUACAUGUACAUAUUGGAGUCCAGCUGGUUAAGAAUGAAUACUUUGCAGCAUACUUUAUUGCAUACUGACAAGUAUUCCACGAUCGUAGUCAGGAUUUUCUUUCACUUCCAAAAAUAACAU